GACAAGUGAUUAAUUUGGAGAAACUGAUAGAGAUUAGUGUGUAAUUAGGUGUGAGGAGUUAAUUACCUGAUUCCUUCUUGCCAGUGGUGGUUGAUUGGGGGAAGAGAAGAGACAUUAAACCUACCCCACUGCUGUGCUUUAGGGCAAUGGAGAAAGCAACUCAACUUACCAUUUUUAGUCACCUCCCAGGAAAUGAAGGGGCUCACAACCCAUUGAAAGGCCUCCACGAUCAUCUUCUCCGAUCUCGAUUCGAGGUUCACCACUGCAUUAUGGAGUUGCCACUCUGGGAUGCAUUUGCUCAAGUAAAGAACACACAUUCAUUCGACAGUCUGGUGCUCAUCGUCGGUUCCGUAAAGAUCCCACAAGGCACUCAUGAGAGAGCUUCUAAAUGUUGCACCGGCUAGCAAAUCCGAACCAGGAGCUCAUGAAUCAGUCAUCAACAAGCUCAUCUCUGCAGUUUACUCCGGACCGACAAUCCAAGACAUAGAAAGCGCAUUGUCUGCGACCUUUCAAACCGAGCAUUCCUUUCCGUCUCCACGGUUGCCUGCACCAGAGAAGAGCUUCGGGAAGACGGAGAACAAGCGUACGCUUCUGACGAAGGCUUGCGGAAUAGCGGACGAUGGUUACAAGUGGAGAAAGUACGGGCAGAAGUCCAUCAAGAACAGCCCCAAUCCAAGGAGUUACUAUCGAUGCACCAAUCCACGUUGUAACGCCAAGAAGCAAGUCGAGAGGUCCAUGGAAGAUCCAGAGAUGCUCCUAGUCACCUACGAAGGUCUUCACCUGCAUUACACCUCACAUUACCUCCUACCUCCGCCCCAACAAUGCACAAACAAGCCAAAACUCCGGACGACGAGCAUUCCUGCUGAGGCUCGAGAUCGUGCUAUGAAGGAGUCCCCGGCCCUGAUCUUACCGGAACACAAGAGUACCCACAUUGCAGAUAACAGUAUGCAGACACUCUUGGAGGAUGGCACGCGAGCGUCGGAAGGGCUGCUGGAAGAUGUUGUGCCCUUGCUGGUGAGGAAGCCAUGCGAUCUAGCCAACUAUCCGCACGAGUACAAUCUUUCAUCGGAAGAAUAUUCCCUGUUGUCUUCCACCCCUACAUGGAGCCCUAACUCUUCUUACCUUGACUUCGAUAUACUUUCAGGCAUUCUGUGAGCUAUGAUAUAGACUAUAUAUAUAGCAAAUUGGAUAUCAGAAGUCAGAAUGUGAUGUACCUGUAAUGUAA